ACCAGUUCUUUCUUUAUAGUACACUUCUUUAGUGCUGAAAUUAUUGGUAAGCUGAAACGGAGCUGUUUACUUUAUUAUUAAAUUAAAAAAAGUCGGUCUAGAAUUUAUAUAUCAUCGGUUUGAAGCUGACAUGUGUCAACGGAGACGAAAAUAAAUAAAUAAAUUUUCGAAAAAGGAAAAAAAAUCAAGGUCAUCACCAUGUCGAUCAAACUCCCGCUGAACAAUAAUCACUGGUAAAAUUCUUUGAUUUUCAGGUUAAUUUCUUCCUAGAUUGUUUCCUGUGAUUCUAUCUUUGCUUGUUUUGGUUUGCCUUUUUUACGCUUUCAUCUGCGGAUUAACGGGGUUGAAUUAUUUAGCUGAUUGUAUUGGUAAUAUUGAAAUUCAGGAUUUGGAUUAGGUAUUCUUCUGUCUUUUUAAUUUUCGAUUUCUUUUUACUGUUAUCCUGAGAUUUUUGGGUUGAUUGAGAAGACUUCUGCAUUAAAUGCGUCUGAAAUGGGGAUAUUUGUUUCUUAGCUGAUUCCUUUUUCUUCUGAAAAACUCUAUUGCCUUUUAUUUGAACAGAGACGCUGUUGUAGCUUUGGCUGAGUUUAGUUUAGUUUAAAAUUGGUGUGUACUUCUUCUAUGCAGGAAGAUUAAUUCUGAAAAAUUAUUUUAGCUUGCCCUUCUCUGUGAGUAUCUGUUUGCAUUUCUAUAUAUGUGCGGGAUACUGUACAUAAACAAUUUAGGGGCUGUUAAUAUAGUAGGGACUAGGGAGAUGAUCCUCCCGUGGUUAUUGUUAAUGUUAUAUUGUGCUAGACUUGAGACUCUGUUGAAAUUAAGGGAUCGCUUUGGGAGGCUAUUUCAGCGUUCCUUGUGUGCAUAUCCUUUCCUUUGUUUGCAUGCCAUUGCUCGAGGGAGUUUCUAGGGUAGCCAAGUUUUGUUGUUUCUGAAGUUUUGUUUUUUCCAAUCAAUACAGUGUUUGCUUGUUCUCUUCAAAUUUCUGUACCUGGACACUGUUGUCUUGAGGUAGUUAGAAGUUUUGGUGCUUGAUUUACAGGGGCCGCAUUAACUGGCCUCCUACCUCCCCAAGUUCUGGGUGGGCGUUGAGCAAUGUAAAGCUCUAUAUGUGUAAGCAUUGUCAAAAUGUUAUGGGCUGUAGGAGAACAUUGUGAUUGUGUCCUUUACUGUCUGUUGAAAGAUGCGAACGAUUUAUGCUGUCACUCAUAGCUUUUAUAUCAGAUGUGUUGUCGAAUAUGCAUUUUGCUUCACUUGAUAAACACUUUCUUUGUUUUUCAUUUUCCUCAGGCACUCCGUGUUUGAAUGUUGGACAUAAUUUUAAGGAAGUUCUGCCUUUUCUUUACCAACAAAGUUGAAAAGAUUUCAGAUAACUCGGCUGUGAAGAUCUAGAGACAUAGCCACAAUAGCUGUUUAGCAUUUGUUUUUGUUUUGCUUAAUUUUGGAAACGUUAAUGGCUGUUAGCUCACCGGAAACUAGUAGAGAAAACCCUACUGAUAGAUUUCCUCUGCUCUUGGAGCGGGGAGAACAUUGUGAAAGUAAUGCACACAUUAUUGAUAUAGAACGUGCUGAUGAAUCUGCCCCAUCAGACCCAUCCCAUACUGGUUCUCCUCGUGGUUUGAUUACAUCCCAUCUACAAACUGGACCUUCAGGUAGCAGUCAAGUUCCUGUGACUCAGUCUCCCUCACCACCAUCUACUGGUGCUAAUUUUAGAAGCACAUCAUUGUCUAGGAGAGGUGAAGGUUUUGGUCGCCGGUGGAGCCCAUUUAAUACGGUUUUAUGGAUUUCCCUUGAGUUACUGUUUACAGUUAGCCAAAUUGUUGCAGCGGUGGUUGUUCUGUAUAUUUCAAGAAAUGAAAACCCCCAAACACCAUUGUUUGCUUGGAUUGUUGGUUAUGCUGCUGGUUGUGCCUUAAGUCUUCCUCUUUACUAUUGGCGAUAUCUUCAUAGAAAUCAGACAAUUGAUCAGAGUUCCACUCCAUCACGUCAAGUCUCAAGAAGUGGGAAUUCAGCAGUAGAAUCCAAUUCCUACAUAACUAUCUCGCUGACGAGGUCCUCUGAGGAGGAAGAUGGUCAGAAUACAUCCUCGGGUACCUGGAAUGGUCAAAAUACCUCAAGUCCUACUGCUAGGCUUGGUUUGCUGGUGGACCACUUCAAAAUGGCCUUGGAUUGCUUUUUUGCGGUUUGGUUUGUAGUGGGCAAUGUUUGGAUUUUUGGAGGCCAUUCAUCUUCUUCUGAUGCCCCCAAUUUGUACAGGCUGUGUUUGGUGUUUCUUACCUUUAGUUGUAUUGGAUAUGCCAUGCCUUUUAUUUUAUGUGCAAUGAUAUGCUGCUGCCUUCCAUGCAUUAUUCCCAUCCUUGGUGCUCGUGAAGAUUUGAAUGGAAUGAGAGGAGCCACUGAGGAGUCUAUCAAUGCUUUACCGAAACACAAGUUUAAGUUAAAGAGUAAUCAAAGUCGCAACAGUACAGAAAGUGGUCCUGGAUAUGAGGAUGGUGGAUUUUUGGCUGUAGGGACAGAAAAGGAGCGUGCCAUCUCAGGGGAGGAUGCUGUCUGUUGUAUUUGCUUGACGAAAUAUGAGGAUGAUGAUGAGUUGAGAGAGUUGCCUUGCUCGCACUUCUUCCACGCGGAAUGCGUGGAUAAAUGGCUCAAGAUAAAUGCUUCCUGCCCCCUCUGUAAAUUUGAAAUAGGUGGCAGUUCGGAGGAUUCACCUGCAGAAUCUAGUCAACAAGAGGGAUGAAAUAUGGGUUUUCUUGAGGCAACAAAUUGUCCCGCAGCAUGAGGUAGCGCCGAGAUUAAAAAAGACCAACCAUAAUGUGUACUGUUGUAUACCAUAUUCUUUGAUCAUCGACUGCUGGUUGUACAGUUAAAAGCUCGGAAAAAAAAAUCUCAAUUGUAAGCUUCAAGUCUCUAUACGCUGAUGGUGUAUACAAUCGAGCUCGAGUUAUCUGAAUGCAAUUCCUAAUUGUGCAUAGAUUUAGCAUGUGUCAUCGUAUCCAUAGGGCUCUGUGAAUCCUCACCUGUGCAAAAGGAACACUCUUCAUUCGGUGAAUCAACACGGAGGAUCAAUGUCAUAAACCCUCCCUAAGCUUCAAAAUAGUGAUUACUAGAUGAUUAACUUCUUUAUUAUUUUUUUUAUAUACUGGGGGAGCCGAAACUCUAGAUACAAAAAUAGCUCAUGGAGGGUGAAAGAUGAUUAAAGUCAAACUUCAAUCCGUUCGACAGAUUAUGCGUGGGCCAUUUUUCUACGAAAUUUAAUGUGGGCCUUAAGGACCAAAAUGGCCCAAGCAAAUUUCUUUCAAAGUGGUUACUGAAAUAACCCCACAAACCUGAUUUCAUUUGGGUUGUCCAUCUAUUUCAUUUACUAAAUCAAACCUGGAAGCAAACCUGGCUUAUCUUCAUUCAGAAUCUCCAAGCUUAGCUCAAUCGUUUAAUUGCCAUUAUGGAAUACUUAAUUUUAAUUUAUAAAGAUAAAA